UAAAAGUAGCCGCAGAAGAAGAAUUAAAAGAAAAAGGAGAGGGAGGAGAAGAUAGCGGCUUUUGCAUCUACACGUGCAAUCAUUCCUAUGUAAAGCUCUCCUCCGGACCUUUGAUAAACUAAUCCUGCUCUGCCACGAAAAGUGUGAAAGCCAUAGAAACAGACAACCAUGGGGGCAUAUCUGUCGCAGCCAAACACGACCAAGACCUCUUCCGAUGGCGGCAACAGCAACAUGAGCUACGGUUUCUCUGCCAUGCAAGGCUGGCGGGUGUCCAUGGAGGAUGCUCACAACUGUAUUCCAGAUUUUGACGUGGAGACUGCAAUGUUUUCAGUGUACGAUGGACACGGAGGUGAGGAGGUUGCUCUGUACUGUUCAAAGUACCUUCCUGACAUCAUCAAAGAGCAAAAAGCGUACAAAGAUGGUAAACUGCAAAAGGCACUAGAGGAUGCCUUCUUGGCCAUCGACAGCAGAAUGACCACAGAAGAGGUCAUCAAAGAGCUGGUUCAGAUUGCUGGCCGACCCACAGAGGAGCCACCGGCCGAAAAGGUGGCAGAGGAGGACGACUUGGACACAGAGGAGGCAGCUUUGCUCCACGAAGAGGCCACCAUGACCAUAGAGGAGCUGCUGGUGCGCUACGGCCAGAACCGCAAUGCUGUUAAACACGCCGCAGCCAUCAGUGCUGCAGCGAAGAAGGCAUCCAGUGCCAACGCAGAAGCUUCAGGAGACAAAGGAGAAGGGGGUGAGGGACCCAACAAAGAGGGAAUAAAUGGAGAGGUGGAGGAGGAGGGGAGCAACGGGAAGGUGAAGGAAGCUGAGGGAGCGUCAUCUAAGCUGCGAGCCUGCAGGAGAACGGCAGGAGGCGAAAAGAGCAGUGCAGCUGAAGGGGGAGAGUCGGGAAGUCCCAACGGAGAGGAAAAAGCAGCUAAGGCAGAAGGAGAUGCCGGUCCGUCCUGCUCCUCUGCGUCCCCAAAGGCUGCGGGAGACUCCAAGUCCAGGUUUUUUGAAGACAGCGAAGAGUCUGAGGAGGGCGAGGAAGAGGAGGAGGGCAGCGAGGAAGAGGAUGGCAGUGAAGAGGAAGAGGGUGAAAGCAGUGAGCUGGAAGAGGAGGACACAGAGGAAGGAGAAGAAGACUCUGAAGAUGAGGAUGAGGAGGAAAUGUGUCUGCCUGGAAUGGAUGGCAAAGAAGAGCCUGGCUCAGACAGCGGCACCACAGCCGUCGUAGCUCUGAUCCGAGGAAAACAGCUGAUCGUGGCCAAUGCCGGAGACUCUCGCUGCGUUGUGUCUGAACGGGGCAAAGCUGUCGACAUGUCGUACGACCACAAGCCAGAGGACGAGUUGGAGUUGGCUCGCAUCAAAAACGCCGGAGGGAAGGUGACCAUGGAUGGACGGGUCAAUGGCGGUCUGAAUCUCUCCAGAGCCAUCGGCGACCACUUCUACAAAAGGAACAAGGUCCUGCCCCCAGAGGAGCAGAUGAUUUCCGCCAUGCCCGACGUCAAAGUUCUGACUCUGAACGAGGACCAUGACUUCAUGGUCAUUGCCUGUGAUGGCAUCUGGAACGUGUUAAGCAGUCAGGAGGUGGUGGACUUCAUCAGUGAGAGGAUCAAACCAGACCAGAGUGGAAAAGCCAGACCCCUCUCAUCCAUAGUGGAAGAGCUGUUGGACCACUGCUUGGCCCCCGACACAUCUGGAGACGGGACUGGGUGUGAUAACAUGACCUGCAUCAUCAUUACCUUGCGGCCACACCUCUCCGAGUCAGACGACACGAAGAAGAGGAAGCUGCAGGCCCAGGCAGAAGGCACUGAGCCAGAGGAGAACGGAAACGACAGCAAAAAGGCAAAAAGUGACUAAAAGAGGAGAGAAACCAACCCACCCCCCCCCCCCCCCCCAAAGGAGCAGCUGGUCCGACGCAUCACCCGACACACCAGAGACACGUUCUGUUCAAAAUGAUAUCCGUACCUCCUAAACACACGUCACCCAGACAUCACACAGGCUGGACGCAGGGUUCCAGGUCAGCAGAGCUAAGGUCAUCUGUAGGGUUCUUGUGCUCUGUUCUUGCUGAAUGUUCCCAUUAACGUUCCCCUCCAGUAUAUUUUUUUGGGUAUCGGUCCAGUGGAAAAGAAGCCGGACACAUUUUUAGUUCUCUCAGUCGUGCUCUUAGCGCUGCAGUUUCCAUUCAUCUGUCUCUGGACGGCCGCACCAGGAACCAGUCCACACAGAUUGUUUAUCCUAGACUCCUCAUCGUCAUCGCCGUCUCACACUGCACUCUUGGAUUUGUUUGCUUUCCAUUUGGCAGCUUGGAUUUUUGUUGUGAGGAAGGUUUGAAGAUUGUUCAGAGAGAAUAAAGUUCAAUUACAGUGACCGUUGCACGAUGAAUGGCAGACGUUCCUAUAAAUGCUGGAAUGCGCCAAGUAUUACUCCAACUCUGGCAUUGUGUAAAUUUAUGAACUCACUGAAUAUGGUACUGUGCAAAGAUGGGUCAGAACGGGUCGUCUAGCUUUUCUCCCUCUGCCGGUGCUUGUUUUGGGAUCCUCUGACGAGUCGUGGUUUGUCCUUAAGCUUUUUGACGACGUUGUCAGAAGGAGAAGAACUGAUGGAUUUAGGGAAUCAGUCCAGUUGCUCUCAUCAUUUAUUUGUAUUUUUUUCCCCUGUUCACAUGAGAUCAUUCUUUGUUUUUGAUUACACAAAAGUUCUACCCCAUUUUCUUGCCUUUUUUCUUUGGUGUUUUGUGUCUUGUCUUCAAAUCAAAAUCUGUAAAUAUCCAUAGAGGGAAAAUGCUGGGGUCUGUGGAGUUCAUAUGCUUUCCAUUUAUAUGAUACGAUGAGGAAAUGGAGGCAUGUGCCCCUCGGAGAGGCUUGUGUCCAGGACCUCCCUUUAGCCAUGUCAAAGUUCUAUUUGUCCAGAAUGCCCACUUUCUUUUUUUUUUUUUGGUCUUUUUUUU